CUUACCAGCGUGGAAACUCCGAAUGUGGUCUAACUGUAACCUGAGGGUCCAGCCCUCUUUUAAUGCUUCCUAGCUGGUAUCCAGGCUUGUCGUCUGCCUAUUGAUCACUGUACGUGUCAGUUGCUGUAGGAAGUGAGCUGCUAGAGACAUAGCCUAUCUUCAAACACUUCACUUUAACAUUAACGUUAUGCCUAUUAGGGUAGUGAUAGAGGGUCCUGGACCCUGGGGAUUCCGGCUGGUUGGGGGAAAGGACUUCGAACAGCCGCUGACUAUUUCCCGGGUCACCCCUGGGAGUAAAGCUGCCCAAGCCAAUCUGUGUAUGGGAGACAUGAUCUUGGCAAUUGAUGGAGAACCAACAGAGAACAUGACUCACUUGGAAGCCCAAAACAAGAUCAAGGGGUGCAUAGAGGAGAUGGUGCUCUCCAUUGACAGGUCAGAGACUAAAUUGUGGUCACCACUUUCAUCUGAGGAAGGGAGGUCACAUCCGUAUAAGAUGAAUCUUGCAUCCCAGCCACAGGAGGUGAAACCCAUAGGAUCGACCCACAACAGGAGUGCUCUGCCAUUUGCUGCUUUCAGCUCCAAUGUUGUGACUAACCAGUACAACAACCCCUCUGGUCUCUACUCUUCAGAGAACAUCCAAAACUUCAACUCAGCUUUGGAUGAAGCUAAAACCUCGGUCACAGCCCACGAGCCCAACCCCAAGGCUCCAUCAGAUGCAUCACAAACAGCCAAGCAUUCACUUGUCGCAGAAGAAUCGGAGGUUUACAAGAUGCUGCAGGAGAACCAAGAGUCUGACGAGCCUCCUCGACAGUCGGCUUCUUUUAAAGUUCUUCAGGAGAUUCUCGAGACAGGUGACUCUGACAAACCAUCAGGGUUUAGGAGUGUGAAAGCCCCUUCUACAAAGAUUGGAUCAUCUGUGGGAAACAUAGACAAGCUACCUACCUGUGACAAAUGUGGAUCUGGAAUUGUGGGGAUGGUGGUGAAGCUGAGGGACAAGUUCCGUCACCCAGAGUGCUACACCUGUACGGACUGCGACAUCAAUUUGAAACAGAAGGGACAUUUCUUUGUGGAGGAGCAGAUUUACUGUGAGAAGCAUGCGCGGGAGAGAAUGACUCCGCCUGAGGGCUACGACGUGGUCACGGUCUUCCCCAAGUAGAGUGAUCGCUGAGCUCAGCCUCGGACUGCACGCCAAUAAAGGACCAAGACAUAAUCCAAGACAUUGCAACCUUUAGCUUUUGCUACUCCUUGAAUAGAAAGUGGUCUUCUUUCGCAUUCUGCUUCAGCGCAGUCACUUCUAGAUAGGACUGUCAUGAAUAUCAUCUUUUCAAAUGAAAAAGAAUACUAUAAGAUGACAUCCCUUCCCCCCAAACAGCAAAUGUGGUUAUGAUAUUUUUACAUGUUCACUUUGUUCUUUGUAAUGACGGAAAACAAACACAGAUUACUUCUUAAUACAGAAAAAAAAGAUCUCCACGUUUUUAAUAAAUAAACACUGAAUGCAGUUAAAAUAUUUUAAAACUUGUUACCUAUGAAUAUUUAAGCUUGAACAAUUAGCUGCCUGAAUCAUUGAUAUGGCUUCAUGGUGUUUUAAUGAAACUGAUUUAUCUACAUGGUCAUCAAAUCACAUUCCCAAACAGAUUUCCUCCAUUGCCAGUUUUGUCUCACUUUGUUAAGUAGACUACUUAAUCUUUUACGUUUUGAAUAAAUUCAGUUUUUCGUCUUUAUAACUAGGUUAAGUGCUGAAAAAGAUGAAAAACAAACGGAAAGUAGAAUAAAAUGUUGCACAAACCUGCCAGUUCUCAACCCAGUAAGUGCUGUGACCCGUGAUGUGUGGUCGGUUAAAGCAGAGUUAACCUGUUCCAACUUUUUGUUUGGAUCAUUUUAACCACAGAAUGACUUGAAAUAAAAGGUUACAGGCAUAA